AUGGGUCAGGGAAAUCCCGAGUCCCGCUUAAGCAUGCGAACGAAAAAAAGGCCCGUCGUCGACGACGACAACGACGACCCGCGAAGCUGGAUUCCGCUGCACGUCUUGAAGUAUGACGACGAGCAUGGCAUAGGCUCUAGUGAUAGGCUGCAGGGCAGCUUGGGGACAUUUCUUUGGGCGAAAAGUCCCUCGAUAUUGCAAAUCAGAGUGGUUAUCGAUUGA